UUCGGGCUGGGUGAGUCACGUGAUCGAUCUCUCUUCACCUGUAGCCCCAGUGGAGGAAGACAGGUGAAAGUAUCGAUAGCAGGGGCCUUUGUAAAACAUAAACUACUUUCAAAUUCAACGUGUUCGGCCAUGUAACUACUCUUUAGAGUUCUUCUCAACUGCUAGGACAAAGAACCCUUUCCAUGUCGGCUGGAAACGGAUCAGCAUCCCGUUUUGAUCGGGUCAGAGAUGUGCCUCUCUAUGACCAGGUGCCUUUUGGCUCAUUACCAUGGGGUCAGGAGAUUCCUUAUCCUCUCGGUGAUGUGCCAGCAACCAGCUAUGACCCUUUGCCACCUCCUCCGCUCCCCGACAAUCCUCCAGUCGGCCCAGAUUUCUACCCAAGUGAUGGUGAAGACCAGGUGGAUGAUGCCAUGGACAUCAAACCCAUCCGACGUUUUAUUCCAGACUCUGUGAAGAACUUCUUCAGAGGCAGCAGCAAUAGUGGCAGCAAAAAAUGGCCCUUUUCACCACCACCUGAUAAUGUGAACACCACCACUCAAGGUGUCCCAUGCUCCCCUCCACCCUCACCCACGGCCCCCAGCUCCUACCUGGAUCCUUAUGGGGGGUCUGGAGGCAGCUACGCUUCAAGAAAGGAGCAGGCGAUGUUAUUAGGAGAACCACUGGAAUCAGUUUCUGGACGCUCUCUACAGACGGCUAUGACUUACAGCGAGAAGGUGGAGGAGUACAAUCAGCGCUAUGCUUACAUGAAGUCCUGGGCCGGACUUCUGCGCAUUCUGGGUUGCAUGGAGCUGCUUUUGGGGGCUGCCGUUUUUGCCUGCGUGUGCGCCUACGUGCACAAGGAUAACGAGUGGUUUAACAUGUUUGGGAACACGAUGCAUCAGAUGUCCGGUGGAGGAUAUGGGGGGUCAUCGAUGGGUGGGAUGUACGGGGGAGGUGGAGUUUCCUACACAGGGCCCAUGACCCCUUUUGUGAUCGUGGUGGCUGGAUUGGCCUGGAUAGUGACCAUCAUUUUGCUAGUGUUGGGAAUGACCAUGUAUUAUCGUACUAUUCUGCUCGACGCCAACUGGUGGCCAAUCACAGAGGGUGUGAUAAACCUGGCAUUAGCAAUACUUUACAUGACCGCUGCAAUAGUGUAUGUGAGAGACACAGUCCGAGGAGGUCUCUGCUACUACCCUCACUUCAAUGCUGGGCCCAACGCAGGCUUUUGCAGAACAGAAUCUGGGCAGACUGCUGCCAUCAUCUUCCUGUUUGUCAACAUGCUGUUGUAUCUCGUGGGUGCAGGAGUAUGUCUGAAGCUGUGGAGACAUGAAGCUGCAAGGAUGCGGAGAGAGAGACUCUGUCAAGAUACUAAAGCAGCAGUACCACUCACAAUGAUUGAUCUAGGUUCCAGUGUCUCGGCUCCAGUCUACAAGGGUCCCCUAAUGGCCUUUCCAGAGACAAUAGAUGGCACAGCACCCUCCGUUAUAAUGGAACCAGAGAUUUUAAGGGGUCAUAUCCCUUCUGGGCACAUUCCCAAACCUGUGAUCAUUGCAGACUAUGUGGCAAAAUAUCCCACAAUUCGCACAGAUGAGGAGAGGGAGCAAUACAAGGCAGUGUUUAAUGAUCAAUACGCAGAAUAUAAAGAGUUGCAUGCUGAGGUUCAGGUCUUAACACAGAAAUUUGAGGAAAUGGACAAUCUGAUGAGAAAUCUGCAGCAACAGCCUACUAGCCACAUGGAGCAAGAGAGAAUCCACAGCAUUGUUCAAGAGUAUAACAGAAAAAAGGCUGAUCCAACGUUCCUGGAAAAAAGGGAUAGAUGUGAAUAUCUGAAGAACAAACUUGCUCACAUAAAGCAGAAAAUUCAGGAGUACGACAAAGUCAUGGAUUGGAAUGAUGAACAUUGCUGUUCUCAGGACAACAUCAUGCCGAAAAAAUCUAGUCACCGUCCGCCGUAUGGACGCAGACAUCACAGAUCCUCCCAUCGCACUGGAUCAUUCCACCCUGAUGAAAUGCUUCACUUUUAUCGCUGGACUUCACCCCCCGGUGUUAUGAAGAUUAUGUGCAUCAUCAUCAUCAUUAUGUGUGUGGCCAUGUUUGCCUGCGUUGCCUCCACGCUAGCGUGGGACUAUGAUGCAGGUGCAAUGGGCAUGGGGGGAAUGGGGGGAAUGGGUAGUUACGGAGGUGGAUACCAAGGCAGCUAUGGUGGAGGAUCCUAUGGUGGUGCAGGUUACAGCGGAGGUCUUGGAGGCAGUGGUGGAGGUUACGGUGGAGGCAGCUAUGGCGGAGGCACAUACAUGGAUCCUAAGUCAGGCAAAGGCUUCAUCAUUGCAAUCGCGGCGAUCACCUUUAUCGCCGUUCUCAUUAUCUUCAUCAUGGCGGUGUCGAGACAAAGUACUUCGCAGUCUCCUUCGUUCUAUCUGGCUUCCAUCAUUAUUUGUGGCAUCCUGGCUGCGCUCAUGCUCAUAGCCACUAUUGUGUACUUGGUGGCUAUUAACCCAAUGGCCCAGUCGUCUGGAUCCAUGAUGUAUAAUCAGAUCUUGCAGCUGUGUGCACAAUACCAGAACCAAGAACAAGCCUCUGGCAUCUUCCUCAAUCAGUAUUUGUACCACUACUGUGUAGUGGAGCCCGAAGAGGUCAUCGCAGUCGUUCUGGGGUUUCUGGUGGCGGUCGCGCUGAUCAUCCUUCUGGUGUUUGGGGUAAAGACCCGAGGGCAGAUCAGGAGAUACGGCAGGGAACGGGUUCUGUGGUAUGACAUGAAGACGAUCACUAGUGGACUCACAUCUCAAGGCAUUGGGGAAUGGGUUAAAAAUGUAUCUGGAGAUCCAGAAACAUUUGUAAAUGACCGCAAUGAUCACAUUGGCGUUUCACAGCCAAUGGUGGCAAAUCAUGAAGUACACAAACCAAUUUACCUUCCAAGUUCUGACCUGACAAGCUCCAUAGGUGGACCAAAGAGCAAGCUGAGGGACUAUGACACUGGAGAAUCUGGAGAUGAGCUGGACACAGACUAUGAAACUGAGUAUCCAACCAUUGCAAAUGAGCAGGAGAGGCUGGAGUACAAAAGAGGUUUUGAAAGAGACCACAUGGAGUACAAGCGUCUACAGGCUGAGCUGGAUGAUAUUAAUAAUGGUCUUGCAGUUGUGGAUAAAGAGCUGAACUACCUACAGGAAGGCACCUCACAGUUCAUGGAUGCCUUUGCCGAAUACAACCGCCUCAAAGGCUUGAAGAAGACUCAAGAUUAUCAGAUGAAAAAGAAAAGGUGUAAACAGCUAAAGGCAAAACUGUCCCUCAUCAAAAGAAGAGUCAGCGACUAUGACCACAGAAAUUAAAAACCAAGCAAUGGAACUCAGCAGGACAUUUUGUAACAUGACGGUUUUGGACGGGAUCUGUAUUUCUGUGUUAAUGAUCUGUAUCACUGUAUUACAAUCAAGGAAUGUAUAGCUGCUGUUUUAUGUAGACCUUUUUCUGCAUUUGAGCCCCAUAACUUGAUCAACAUAUUGUGGUACCUGUGAAGUAUUUUAUUUUUUUAACCUUGAAAUAUGUUCUCUUCUUAUUCUUAUAUUUUGCUGUAGAAGUAUCUUAAAUAUGAGCAGGAGUGUGACCACUUCAAUGAAACCUAUCUUCCUGUUCUUUUAAAUAUUCUGAAGUGUUUAAUGUUACUUGUUAUAUGUGUAAGGAUUUUUUUGCAGUGUCCAAGCCAAUCCAUUAUAUUGUAUUUUUGAUAUAAUAAAGUUUUAUUGAAUUAAAUUUAACUCGCUUAACAAUCUAUUACCAAAAUAACAAUCUCAGUUUAAGGCACACGACUGAGCUGUGGGUUGACAGAGGAAUGUCUGAUUUACUUGGUGUGGAUUGUUGUUGCCUAUCAUAGUUUUUAUUAUUAUAACAUUUUGCAUAAUUCAUUGUCGAAUUGUAUUUGUGUAUGUAAAAUAAAACGAUACAAUUUCUUAAUAA